UAAGAUUUACUUUCGUUUUCACUUUUUGUGCUGAGUAACUGUAUCUCUGCGUUGAGUCGCGGUAUUGAAUUACACAGUUUACGAGCUAAUUAUUCUUUCUGACCGCUUUGCUUAAGUUUUUACGCUUCUAUAAACUCCAUCAAGUCACUUUUCAUCCGCAGGGACGACAUGGCUUCUCUGGAUAUUCGCGUCGAGUCGAAGAAACAGGUGGAUGACUUCUGCCAAAAGCUCACCAAGGAGGCAGAAGAACUGGUCACAAAAUUCUUCCCUCAGAAGAUUGAAGAGCUGCAGAUGCUGUUGAAGACGUCUUUCAGCUGCGAUGACCUGGCAUCCUUGAAGGCUCCUCUGGACAUCCCGAUACCAGACCCGGCUAAAGAGGAGGCCAAACGCAAGAGGAAAGAGGAGAAGGAGGCGAAGGAGGGGAAGAAAGACAAGGACAGCGAUAAAGAGGAGGAAGAUUCAGGGCCUCCCUGUGGUCCGAUCUGCAGCAACGAGCGAGUGGAGAGCCUCCUGCAGGAGGUCAAGCCUCAGAUCCAGACACUGAAGGAGAAGCUCAACACGGUGUCAAUGUGGGUGCAACUCCAAAUCCCUAAAAUUGAAGAUGGCAACAACUUUGGAGUGGCUGUACAGGAGAAAGUGUUCGAGCUGCUGACCAACACCCGCACCAAGAUCGAGGGAUUUCAAACCCAGAUUUCAAAAUAUUACAGCGAGAGAGGUGAUGCUGUGGCCAAAGCCUCCAAACAAUCCCAUGUGGGAGACUACAGACAGCUGGUACAUGAGCUGGACCAGUAUCAGUACUGCGAGCUCCGCCUUGUGGUUCUGGACAUCCGCAACACAUACGCGGUGCUGUUUGACAUCAUUAACAAGAACUAUGACAAGAUUAAGAAACCCAGAGGAGACGGCAAAGCUCUCAUCUACUGAGACUCACUCCAGCACACUCGCAGGCUUUCCAACAAGAUACAACCAGUGUAGUGUGACACUCUUAUCAAGUAACAAUACACCUGCCCUGACAGAAAUGCCUCCUUUUUCUUACUGUGCAUUCAUUUUCGUUCAGAUUACAAAAUAAAGCAACAUGAUUCUG